AUGGGCGAGUACUCGAAAGCACUUUCAUCGUACGAAAGAUCAUUUGAAAUCCGAAAACUAGUUCUCCCUCCGAAUCAUUGCGAUUUGGCUACUUCCUACAAUAAUAUCGCUAUAGUGUAUUCUCACAUGGGCGAGUACUCGAAAGCACUUUCAUCGCACGAAAGAUCACUUAAAAUCCGAAAAAUAGUUCUUCCUCCGAAUCAUCCUGAUUUGGCUACUUCCUACAACAACAUCGCUUCAGUGUAUAAUAACAUGGGCGAGUACUCGAAAGCACUUUCAUCAUACGAAAGAUCACUUGAAAUCCGAAAAAUAGCUUUCCCUCCGAAUCAUCCCUUAUUGGCUACUUCCUACAACAACAUUGCUUCAGUGUAUGAUAACAUGGGCGAGUACUCGAAAGCACUUUCAUCGUACGAAAGAUCACUUGAAAUUCGAAAAAUAGCUCUCCCUCCGAAUCAUCCCUUAUUGGCUACUUCCUACAACAGCAUCGCUUCAAUGUAUGAUAACAUGGGCGAGUACUCGAAAGCACUUUCAUCGUACGAAAGAUCGCUUGAUAUUUUGAGAAAGUCGGUGCCUUCUACUCAUCCUCAUUUGGCAGUUGUGAAAAGAAACAUUGAAAAUUUAAGAAACAGAUUUUAG